AUGCUGGACCGUCGUGCAAUAACAAGAAAACGAACGCCAGCAGGUGCAGCACCCUCGAGUGGUUCGGGAAGAGGGCCCAGGAGCGCCUGUCAGACGAGCUGGGUGAGGACAACGCUCUCACUCGAAAUGGCGGAUGGGCUCGCCCCUGUCGUGGACUUUGAUACCGUGAAGGCCAGGACAUUGGAGCCUAGUCCAGACUCGUACCUUGUCGACGUUCGCGAACCGGACGAGGUUAUCCAGGGAUCUAUUCCCUCGUCGGUCAACAUUCCCCUCACUGUCUUCAGCAACGCGUUGCAAAUGGACCCAGAGGCAUUCAAACAGCAGUUUGGCUUCGAAAAGCCACGGAAGGACCAAGAAGUCACGUUCUACUGUCGCAGCGGCAAGCGAUCCACCACCGCCUCGGACCUCGCGAUGAAGGCUGGUUAUGCAAAGUCGUUCAACUACACAGGUUCUUGGUUGGAGUGGGUCGAGAAGGAAAAGCAGGGAUCGGCUUGA